AUGCACAAUUUAGAUACAUUACAUGUAUUGGUUGAAUGUAAGGACAUUCUUGAGGAAAGUUGGAAGACUUUCAUCAAAGUGAACAAGAACAGUAGAAAAGAUGAAGAUGAACCUUUCUGCACAACAGAAUCUCAUACCUGUGUAGUACAUCAGCAAGGGUGCAUAAUCAUCAGUGGGGAAAGCGGUGCCGGGAAGACCGAGAGUGCCCAUCUCAUUGUGCAGCAUUUGACCUUCCUGGGAAAGGCAAACAACCGUGCUUUGCGGGAGAAGAUUCUCCAAGUGAAUCCUUUGGUCGAAGCAUUUGGGAAUGCCCGCACUGCUAUCAAUGACAAUUCUAGCCGUUUUGGGAAAUACUUGGAAAUGAUGUUCACGCCAACUGGAGCUGUAAUGGGAGCAAAGAUCUCAGAAUACCUGCUAGAAAAAUCCAGAGUUAUAAAGCAAGCCUUGGGUGAGAAAAACUUCCAUAUAUUUUACUACAUUUAUGCUGGCCUUUAUCAUCAGAAGAAACUUUCUGAAUAUAAGCUCCCUGAGAAAAAGCCUCCCAGGUAUAUUGAAAAUGGCACAGGAAAGGUGAUGCAUGAUAUUAUUAAUAAAGAAUCCUAUGGAACUCAGUUUGAAGCAAUCCAGCAUUGCUUUCGGAUCAUAGGAUUUACUAAAGAGGAAGUGCAUUCAGUGUAUCGAAUUUUGGCUGGGAUCUUAAAUACAGGAAAUAUCGAAUUUGCUUCCAUUUCUUCACAACACCAAACUGAUAAAAGUGAAGUGCCCAAUAUGGAAGCCUUAGACAAUGCUGCUGCACUGCUGAGCAUUGGCUCAGAAGAACUUCAGGAAGCUCUCACCUCACAUUGUGUUGUCACAAGAGGUGAGACCAUUAUCCGAACAAAUACUGUGGACAAAGCAGCUGAUGUACGAGAUGCCAUGUCAAAGGCUCUUUAUGGCCGACUCUUCAGUUGGAUUGUAAAUCGGAUUAAUACCCUGCUGCAACCUGAUAAAAAUAUAUGCAAUGCUGAAAGUGGAAUGAAUGUUGGGAUAUUGGAUAUUUUUGGAUUUGAGAACUUCACAAGAAACUCAUUUGAACAGCUGUGCAUAAACAUUGCAAAUGAGCAGAUCCAAUUUUAUUUCAAUCAGCACAUAUUUGCACUUGAGCAGAUGGAAUAUCACAGUGAAGGAAUUGAUGCUGUCUUGGUUGAUUAUGAAGACAACAGACCACUCUUAGAUAUGUUCCUUCAGAAACCAAUGGGGCUACUUUCUCUACUGGAUGAAGAAAGCCGAUUUCCCCAAGCAACAGACCUAACAUUAGUUGAUAAAUUUGAAGAUAAUCUGCGAUGCAAAUACUUCUGGAGGCCCAAACGAGUGGAGCUCUGUUUUGGCAUUCAUCAUUAUGCCGGGAAGGUUCAGUAUGAUGCUUAUGGCUUCCUUGAGAAGAACAGAGAUACCCUUCCUGCGGACAUAAUGGUGGUAUUGAGGACUUCAGAGAACAAGCUUCUUCAGCAGCUUUUUUCAAGCCCGUUGACCAAAACAGGCAACUUGGCUCAAACAAGGGCAAGAGUAACAGCUGCAUCCAGAUCUUUACCUCCACAGCUUGGUUCAGGUCGUAUUAAGAUUGACACCAUGGAAAUUAUGAGGCACCCUGAGGAAACCACCAACAUGAGGAGACAAACUGUGGCUUCCUAUUUCAGGUAUUCUCUGAUGGAUCUGUUGUCUAAAAUGGUGAUUGGACAACCUCACUUUGUUCGCUGCAUUAAGCCCAACGAUGACCGAGAAGCAUUGAAAUUUUCUCAAGAGAGAGUCUUAGUGCAGUUACGCUAUACCGGCAUUUUAGAGACCGUCAACAUACGUCAACAAGGAUAUUCUCAUCGCAUUCAUUUUGAUGAGUUUGUAAAAAGAUCAGCUUUGUCUUUCAUUAGAACAUUUGGCAAAUUUUUAUCAAGUUUCUUCCUGGUAGGUAGAGAAUAUAUUGAUCAGUUAAAAUAUAACUUCUCUUUUGAAUUGAGCAAAUCUCCUGCCUGGAGAGGAUAUGAUUCUCGCAAGAAGUUCAAGGAUAUAAAGAACAAAAGAAUUGAUGCCGCUAUUCAUAUUCAAGCAG